CAAGUUAAAGGAGCACUAAGCAAAGGUGAGCUGCAUUCUGAGCAAAAUAAGGUCAAUCAGAUUGUCCAGCAAGAGUUCAAGGGUUUGCCGAAGGGACAGAACAUUUGGCCCGGGGGUUCGCAGGUCCACAGGGAUUUCUCCUGCCACAGUGAGGACCCACAUGACUCCAAGCAGGAUGGCUCCUCCACAGAGGAGAGGCAACAGAGGAGUCCCGGGAAGCUCCUGAAGAGAGUCCAAGGUCCGAAGGGCAAGGGCGUCCCCUGGCUUCCGGUAAUAGAUGAGUACCCUCCGCUCCCAUGCCCCGCCCAGCCCUGGAACGGAAGGGUGUACCAGAGGUCCGCAGCCGCCUGGCCCUCGCCUCCAGGCUCCAGCAACACGGGGGGCGCUCAGAACGUGAAGGAGAUCCAGGACUUCCUGAGGAACGUCCUGCUCAAACCGGGCCAGGACGAGACUCCUCCAAACCAGCAGGGCUUCCUCCAGGGCCAGUCCGUUCCCAAAGGAACUAUGCGGACAGAGACGUCCCCACUGCAUGUUGUGUUUAACGAGAAGAGUGAUAUUCCAGAAGCCGAGACAAGGCGCUGCCAGACACAUACAGGUGCUGCUAUACCAUCGGUCAGCAACCAUAACCUGAAUGCAGAUGGCCUGUGUGUGGACUUUCAAUCAUUUGGCACAGCUGAAGACAGAGAAAUAAGGCCAGCUGGCCCUUGCGACAAAGUGAAGCUCCACCCUUGCCUGGAAAGAACCACCAGGCCUGAAACCAAGAUGACAGGUGCAGCUAGCUGUGACACCUAUCCCAAACAGAAUGCAGGAGCCUUUAAAAGCAUCCCCCCUCAAGGAGCCACAGAAUUGGGAAGUCACCACAGGUCUGCCGGGAACACGGUGUUACCUGGCCCUCACGCCCUAGGAGUGCCCACUGCUGACCACUGCCAAACCCACCCCGUCCGCCCUCCCCCUGGAUUCCAGCCCCUUCAGCAACUCUUCCCGCAGCUGUUUCCCCCUCAGCAGAUGACCCUGCAGCCCGGGCUCAACCCACUUCAAAUGCCCACUGUGCCACCCGUGAACCAAAUGAACGUCGUACAGGAGGGCAUCCCUCCACCCAUUAUUCUGUUCCUUCCCCCUGGACAGCCUGCCCCACCCUUCCUGAUGCCAGCAAACUUACCUGGGGGUGGCCCGUUGUGGCCUUCCACCCCUCUCCGCAGGGACAAUUUUCAAGCCAAUCUGAGUCCAAACAGCGCUGUUCCUGGUUUCUCAGAAACACCACUGAUCUACAUGAAGUCCCAGCGCUGGAUGCAGCCUUCAUAACGCACCUUUUGAUCUGGAUGACUGCAAGAUGUUCAUGUCAUACAUGACCCAGUGUGAUAGCCAACAACACAACAAAGUGAUAUUUGACUCCCUUUGGGAGAUGUUACUUUAGGCUCCGUGUGCACUCCUCUCUAAAGCAUCAAACCUGCAACUUUUGCCAUAAUAAAUCUUUCUGAGAAGCAGCUGGUGAUAAUUGAGAUGGUAUUUUCGCUGUUUGUUUGUUCUGAAGGUCAGUUUUUAUUGCUUAUUGUGGACUGCACAGUAGAGGGCAGAAACAGAUGACAUUAAUACUGAAUUAGACUUAGGAGAGUUAGAGACAGAGUGUGAUAGAGAGAGAGAGAGAGAGAGAGCUUGAGGGAAAGGGACGCCUGUGGCAAUCUGCUCAGAAGGUCUUGGGUUCAGGCACCAGAUAACUGCUGUAUUACACUUUGUGGUGCAUCGCCAUUGAAUGAGAGAAUGAAUGAGUGAAUUAAUUAAUGGUAUGCAUGGGUCCAUAAAAUGUCAUAUUUAAUGCAUUUUAAGACAGGCCAGAGAAGAAUACUAAACAAUUAAUACAAUUUAAUAAACUUUACUAUCUUGACAAUUGAGCUCAUUUAUAAAUGGAUUUUCCUUAAAAAGACCAUUACACAAAUUACUGUACUCUCUUGUCAGCACACAUCAGAGAAAGAUAAUGCAGGCCAUUUAAGAUGUGCCCUAUUUGAAAAAAAAGUUUCUCAGUGCAUACCUCUCUUCUCCGUCCUUUUGAAAAUUGUCAAGGAACGAUGUCAUGCUAAAAUCAAUGGGACAAGAAUUCAGUAUGCUUGCUUAAAUAUAUUCAUACCUGUUUAAGCCAUUAGCCUCAGUGAAAGUCAUUAUUUCUGAGUGGUUGAAUUGUUUCCUGUGAAUUAUGAAUCUUGGAAGCAGAGGGGUUGAAAGAAUUCAGAAAGAUGACCUGGUUAAUUUGUUUCCCAGAAGACAAUGUCAUGUGACCAGUAGCUAAUUAAAUUCCUUUAUGCAAUGAUGUGGUCUGCUGAGUUCUGCCUUGGCCGUCUCAUCAUCCAUUUACUCAGCCCAGCAGGACAGGU